UCAUCAAUACAACACAAAAAAAAAGAAAUAAUUUUCCUGGACUUGUACGCAAUUUAUCAGCAUACCGUACAUACUGCAAGUUGUUUAUGGGGUUAUAUAUUUUUAAUUAAAUGAUGGCAGCACUCGUUGAUAGAAAAUCCGGAUCCAAAACAAUCAAAACAGCUGUCAGUUGAAAAAUAAUAAUAAUUUAUACAAAAAAUUAUUGUUGUGUAUAUAUAUUUUGAAAAAAUGUCAACACCUUCAUCAACAAGACGACUCAAUGUAAAAAUAGCUGCUGGAGCAGUUGUCUGUGAUGAAAGUAUUUUAAAAGGUGACAUAACUAUUGGCCCAAGGACAAUAGUCCAUCCCAGAGCAAGUAUUUUAGCCGAAGAUGGCCCUAUUAUCAUUGGAGAAGGAAAUAUUAUUGAAGAAAUGGCGACAAUUAUGAAUAGGUCACCUCCGGACUCUGAAACAGAAAGUCCGGUGCAGAUGAUUGGUAGUUUUAAUGUUUUCGAAACGGACUCAAUGUGCGAAGCUCUGAAAGUUGGUGACAAUAAUGUCUUUGAAUCAAAAGCCAAAGUCAGCAGAGACGUCGAAAUAACAAGUGGAUGUGUCGUAGGUACGUCAUGUUCAUUAAUUGAACCUGAAAUAGUACCAGAAAACACAAUUAUUUAUGGCACAGAAUGUCAUAGACGUGAAAUGAAUGAUAAACCAUACCCACAAGUUGGCCAGUUAGAAUUUCUAGUAAGGAUUCUACCUAAUUAUCAUCACUUACGUAAGCCUAAUAUGAAAAUAGUCAAAGCAGAUCCACAGAAUUAAUUAUUUAUCAAUAAUUCAUUUAAUUAUUUAUUAUUAAUUAUGAUCAACAAUAAAUAAACUAGGAAUUUUAAUAUUUUGAAAUACGUUAAAGUAAAUUGCGAUGCUUCUAUCAGAGAUGUCACUACUAUACCCCUUAUUUCGAGUCCACAAAGACUUGAAAUUUAAAUCUAAGCUUGUAAAGUUUAACUUUUUUAUAAUUUAUUCAUAAGAAUAAUAAAAAAAAAGCAGAUGUAUAUUUAAAUUUUUAAUUUAAUUUUUUACAAAAUUUAUUUUCAUUAACAUCAGU